AUGGCAUCUACGAAGCCUAGAUCCUACGACGAAUACACCAUAGGAUGGGUCUGCGCGCUGCCAAAGGAGCAGACAGCAGCCACAGCUAUGCUAGAUGACAUACAUCCCGCUGUUCGGAAGCCCUCGACUGACCCCAACAAUUACACUCUCGGGUCAAUAGGCAAACACAAUGUUGUUAUUGCUUGUCUACCCAAAGGACAGGUCGGUACUAACUCCGCAGCAACUGUUGCUACUCGGAUGGUUUCCACCUUCUCGCGUAUUAAGUUUGGUUUAAUGGUCGGUAUUGGCGGCGGUAUCCCCCCCAAAGUUAGACUCGGUGAUGUGGUAGUUGGCACACCUGUGGGACAGUUUCCCGGCGUGGUCCAAUGGGAUAUGGGCAAGGCUAAGGAAAACGGCAGCUUUGAACGCACUGGAUCAUUAAACAAUCCGCCUGCCUCACUUCUUACGGCACUGUCAAAACUAGAGACGGAACACGAGUUGCUUGAUUCACUUGAAGAUAUAUUAUUUCACUCAGACUACAACCAUGUCAAUGAGAGUGGUACAGGAGAUGAGGACGAGGGCAACGAGAAAGAAAGCUGUACAUUUUGCGACAAGGCCAGGAUUGUAAAAAGGAAACCUAGAGAUGCCCGCGUGCAUUAUGGCCUGAUUGCGUCUGGGAAUCAGGUCAUAAAAGAUGCUAUUAUCAGGGAUAAGCUUAAUAACGAUCUUGGUGGUCAUGUUUUAUGUGUUGAGAUGGAGGCGGCAGGACUGGUAAAUUUCCCAUGUGUCGUCAUCCGGGGGAUUUGUGACUAUGCCGAUUCGCAUAAGAACAAGAACUGGCGAGAACAUGCAGCGGCUAUGGCAGCGGCUUUGGCGAAGGAGCUUCUGCAAUAUGUACAGCCAGAUGAUGUUAAACGAGAGCCUUUAGCAAAGGACACGCUUAGCAAUGUCUACAAUAUUGUGUCUAAAACCAGAGAGGACGUUGCUCAAAUAACCUCUAUAAUCGAAAGAGAGGGAGAUCUGAAGAUCUUUGAUUGGAUUACGUCAAAAGACUACAGUCUGCAACAAAAUAAAUACAUUGAAAUGCAUCAAAAAGGAACAGGGCGAUGGCUUCUAGAUUCCGCUGAAUUUAUUACAUGGGCCGAAACCGAGAAACAGACUUUAUUCUGCCCAGGGAUGCCCGGAGCAGGGAAAACAAUUCUCACAGCUAUUGUGGUUAAUAAUCUUAUUUCACGAUUUGCACAUGACCCUCUAUUAAAGCAAUUAGUUCGAGGACAGUCUUCCAUACCAGCAAGCUUGAAAAACCUCUAUGAUCAACACAAGGGAAAAGGGACGCGGCCGUCGUUAGACGAGAUCUUAAAAGUCCUCCAGUACGUUAUUGGAGUAUACUGCUCAAGAGCUUUUAUCAUUAUAGACGCUCUCGAUGAAUGCCAAGCAUCUGAAAACUGCCGGAUGAGCUUCAUAAAAAGGCUCCUUGACUUUCAAGAUUGCGGCGCAAAUAUCUUUGCGACGUCGAGAUCCAUCCCGGACAUCACGGACAAGUUCGAGGGGAGCAUUCGGCUGGAAAUCCGUGCUAGCGAUGACGACAUACGCAGAUAUGUAAAAGAUCAGAUUUCGCAGGGAGGGUCAGCGAUGUUACGCGAUAUGCAAGCAGAAGCCUCGACAGGAAUUAUGAGCGCUGCCGAUGGCAUGUUUCUCUUAGCAAAACUGGACCUAGAUUCACUCCUGGACGUGAAAUUACCUAGGGAUAUCCGAGCAAAGUUGAAAAAUCUUCCAAAGGGCUCAAAAGCAUAUAGCCAUGCGUAUGAGACAAUUAUGAAAAGAAUAGAACACCAAGGCCCGGGAUCCGUCAAAUUAGCCAAGGCUGUUCUGUCAUGGAUCACUUGCGCCAAGCGACCAUUGACUAUAUCGGAGCUACGACAUGCUCUCACUGUUGAAAUUGGAGAAUCUAGACUCAACGAAAAAUAUCUUCCACAAGCCCAGGACCUGGUAUCUGUUUGUGUCGGGCUAGUCACGGUGGACGAAGAUAGCGAUAUUAUCCGGCUGUUUCAUUAUACGGCGCAGGAAUACUUUCAGCAGACGCAACAACACUGGUUCCCAGACGCAGAAGACGAGAUUACAAGUAUUUGUGUGACCUAUCUCUCAUUCGAUGUCUUCGAGGCCGGACUUUGUCAAACAGAUGCGACGUUCGAAGAACGGCUGCGGUCAUACCAGCUCUACGAUUAUGCCGCCCAUGAAUGGGGGCAUCACGCCCGCGAGGCAAUGAACCUCGAUCCACAAGUCCUAGAUUUUCUGCAGCACCAAUCAAAGGUUGAAGCGUCGAGUCAGGCAUUAUUCGCUGUCAAAGAGUCAAGAAAACCACAUUAUAGCCAAAAUGUUCCAAAAAAGACGGCGGGACUUCACCUGGUCGCAUACUUUGGGAUUGAGAAAGCUGUGCGGAUCCCACUCGACUUAUAUGGCUGGGACCCAGAGGAUAGUUACAGCCGGACGCCUCUGUCGUGGGCCGCUGAGAACGGGCAUGAGGCUAUCGUGCGGUUGCUGCUUAACAAGGGCGCAAAUCCCAAGGCGAUGGAUGAUUCGGGUCUGACGCCGCUUUCGUGGGCCACCUUAGGUAGACACGAGGCAAUCGUGCGGCUGCUCAAUACAAGUAAGCAGGAAUUCCCAUCGCUGCCAACAACGGGGGGUUCCGCUAGCAAUGAUUCGAAACCAGCCGUUGUAGCCAAUGCGGAUGGAAAACUGCAAAAAUUUAACCUAAUGUUGAAGUCAGUACAAAUGAUUCGGAGAAACGAGCAAAAUGAAAAGGAACAGCAGUUACUGUCCCAGAAAACGGAAAGCAUCAGCAUUCAACUGAGACAAAUUAAGGAACAACAGAGCAAAGUGGAAGAAGAGUUGCGAAAGCUUAAAAUGCGGAAGACUUUCUUAGCUGAGGAAGAAAAUGAUAAAACUGGAGAGAUACACCAUCUUGAUAAAGUGCAAGUAGAGUUUACGGGAAAAAGUGAACAAUUAUCUAAGCAAUGGAUAUACACACAAACCCGGUUAGACGAACUCCGGCAGAUUGAUGGCUAUGAACACGAAAGCAAACUAGAGAAAAUAAGGGACUCGACACUGUUUCGAUGGGCUGUCGAAGAUGGCUAUGCCGAAAUAGUUGAGUUACUUCUCAAUGGAGGUACUAAUACAGCGGUCGUCCAUAAAGGCGGAUGGAUGCCAUUGCAUGCGGCUGCAAGUAAGGGACAUGUCGAUGUGGUUCGGCUACUACUCGAUAAGGGUAAGCUGGAUGUUGGUGCGAAAAAUCAAGAUGGCUGGACUGCGCUUCAAUUGGCUACUGAGAGAGGGCAUUGGGAUAUCGUGCAACUUUUGCCUAAGCAAGAUGUCAACAUUGGUGCCACGAUGAGCCAAUGCCAACAGACGUUCGAAGGCCAUAACAGCAGCGUCUUUUCCGUGGCCUUCUCACAUGACUCGAAGUUGCCAAUGCCAACAGACAUUUCCAAAUUACAGCGACUCGGUCCGCUCAGUGGCUUUCUCAUUUGA